AUGUUGCUGGAUCCAGGGUCUGAAUUAUCAUUUGUUUCAGAUUCCUUGGUAAAUUCACUCAAACUUAAACGCACUCACUCAUCUAUCCAGAUUAUUGGUAUUGGUGUUGCCAAUGCUGGUAGGACUAAAGGUCAAGUCGCACUCAAGCUUUCAUCUAGGCAUUCAAACGACUCAGUCAUCAUCAGUGCUCAUAUACUAGGUGGUCUCACUACUCAACUACCAUCUGUUGCACUCAACACACUCAAGUGGGACCAAUACAAACAACUACAAUUGGCAGAUCCAGCGUUCAUGAGACCAGGACCAAUUAAUAUCAUCAUUGGUGCCGAUCAUUAUGGUCUUAUCAUCAAAGAUGCACUCAUUAAAAGGUCUGAAGGCCUGCCAACCGCUCAAGAUACCAUCUUCGGAUGGAUAUUACUUGGUCCAGUUACUCAACGCACUCAUCGACCAUCUAUUACUUAUCAUGCUGCUGUCGAGCAGUCAACUCAACAACUUCAGGACCUGCUAUCACGCUUCUGGACUCAAGAAGAAAUUCCAGUCAGCAAAAUCAAGGAACUCAACCCAGAUGAGGAGGCGUGUGAAGCGCAUUUUCAACAAACUCAUCGACGAGACAGUUCAGGACGAUACAUAGUUCGACUGCCAAUCAAAUCGUCACCUCAACAGCUGGGAAAUUCGUACUCAGCAGCAUACCGCUGUCUUAUUCAUCUCAAACGUCGUUUAGAUCAUGACGAUCGUUUGAAAGCACUCUACCUUGAUUUUCUGAAGGAGUACGAAGAACUCAACCACAUGGUGGAAUCAACUCAAUCAACAACAAGUGAACCAGACUACUAUCUCCCUCAUCAUGGAGUCUUACGGGAAAGCAGCAUCACAACCAAGCUGCGAGUAGUUUUCAACGGUUCCAAAACCACCAGCUCAGGUCUUUCACUCAACGAUGUGCUUCACACCGGUCCAAAACUGCAACUAGACAUCUUCGACGUACUCAUAGGAGUUCGCACUCAUAAGCUCAUCUUCAUAACAGAUAUCACGAAGAUGUUUAGACAGAUUUUGGUCGACGAACGCGAUCAAUCACUUCAACAAAUACUCUGGUUCAACCAACAAGGCCAAAUAACUCCAUAUAAACUCACCACGGUCACUUACGGGACCAGACCAGCUCCAUAUUUGGCCGUUCGUGCUCUACUUCAAUUGGUUGAAGACGAAGGACAUCGAUUUCCUCUUGCGAUCAUUCCACUCACCCACGGAAGAUAUGUUGACGAUAUCUUUGGUGGUGCCGAUGACUUGAACUCAUUACAACAAGUUGCUGAUCAACUUGGAGCACUCUGCAAGGCGGGCGGAUUCCCUCUUGCUAAAUGGGCAAGCAAUCAUCCAAAAUUACAACAACUCAAUCAUGUGGAAGCGAUCAAAAAUCAUAAAUUCGAGGAUCCAGACUCCAGCACCAAGAUUCUGGGCAUGUACUGGUCCUCACACUCAGAUCAGUUCUAUUUUACGUACUCACCACCAUGCUCAACUCCAAAAUUUACAAAAAGGAUCAUUUUAUCAGAGAUUGCUCAAAUCUUUGAUCCUCUUGGAUUUCUCGCACCACUCAUCAUUCGAGCCAAGGUAUUCAUGCAGGAGCUUUGGCUCGAAAAGCUCAGCUGGGACACACCAUUGGCAGCCAAUCAACGGCAUAAAUGGAGAAACUUCAAAAAUGAACUCAAAUUUAUCUCUGAAAUCAAAAUUCCAAGAUGGAUCCACUCAUCCACGUGCUCAACCACCGAAAUCCAUGGUUUCUCGGACGCCUCUCAAUUGGCAAUGGCAGCUGCCGUGUUCAUCAUAGUCCACACACCUGCUCAUGGAGUCAGAGUUACGCUGCUUUGCUCCAAAACCAAGGUAGCUCCGUUAAAACGACUAACGAUACCAAGGUUAGAACUCACCGCAGCUCACAUGUUGGCAAAACUCACAAAACACUGCCAGAGCACUCUAAAUCUCACUCAAUCGCCAAUAUACUUGUGGACGGACUCAACAAUUACACUCACGUGGAUUAAAUCUCAUCCGUCUCGCUGGAAGGAGUUUGUUCGGAAUAGGGUGUCACAUAUUCACGAUCUACUUCCAGAUGGCCACUGGAAUUUCAUUCCGGGCACACAAAAUCCAGCAGACUGCGCAACACGAGGGUUGACACCUACUCAACUCCGUGAUCAUCAACUAUGGUGGACUGGCCCACCAUGGUUGCUCAAGAGUUCAUCAUCCUGGCCUAAAUGUCCAUCAAUCGAUGAUACAGGAGCUCAAGCAGAAGAACAGCCUGGACUGGCCCUGUUCUCUUCGAAUUCAUCACUGAAAUCAAAUUGGCCUAUCAUGGAACGGCCAAUACCACUCCUACGCAUGUUACGAGCUACUGCAAUCUGCUUUAGACUCCGUGACAUGAUCAAGAAAUCACCAAACUCAUCACUCAAGGCUCCAAUUACUUCUGACGAAGUAAUUUCUGCACUCAACUUCUGUAUCAAAGAAACUCAACGCAUUCAUUUUUCAAACGAGAUCAACAUGCACUCCAAACACGCACCAUGGCCUAAUGGUCAUCCAUUUGCUCGAUUGGUUGCAUUCGUUGACACCGACGGCAUCAUUCGAGUAGGUGGACGGUUGGAAAAUUCUCCAAAUCAAGACCAAAGUAAGCAUCCUGCUAUUCUACCACGGAAUGCGGCACUCACAAAACUCAUCAUCUCUGAUGCUCAUCAGCGUACCAUGCAUGGUGGUACUCAACUUACUCUGGCAUUCAUACGACAAAAGUACUGGAUCAUUGGCGGUAGACAACCAGUACGCUCAAUUAUACUCAAAUGUAUAAGAUGCGCACGACAUCGUGCUGAUAGAGCUCAACAACUCAUGGGUCAGCUACCAGUAUCACGAGUCACUCCAUCAUCUGCAUUCACUCACACUGGAGUUGACUAUGCUGGCCCAAUAACACUCAAAAAUUGGAGACGCAGAGGAGCAAAAACAUACAAAGGCUGGAUUUGUGUUUUGUCUGCCUUUCUACGUCCGCAGUACAUCGAGAGGUAG